CACGGAAAGACAUCAAAAAACGCAAUACUUUUGCUAUAAGCGAUUUUUGCAUCUCCUUAAUUGAAGAUUUUGAGGAGAUAUUUGAAAAAAUUGGGUAUUAUAAUGCAGAGGAUUUAUUAUUUAUUGAAGACAAAUUGAUUGAAAACAACAUUGAAAAAGGAAUAAGUUAUCGCGGCUAUCUAAAAGAAAAUUUUGGGAUUAAAGGAAAUAAAAUUAUACAAUUCAACUAUAAUAGUGAAUAUUUAAUUGAAAACAGGGAAAGAUUUAUAAAAGGAUUAAAAAAGAAUGGUCAACAAAAAGAGCAAGUGCUUGAUAAUUAUCUGACGAAUUUUUCAGAGCAAGAACAGUUAUUAAAUAAAAUUGAA